UCGGACAUUUUAUAAUUUUAUGAAAUAAACGGAGGAAGAUAAUGAGAGGUGUGGUGUCGAAUGGAGAUCCAUCUUCACCAGUGCUACUGGUACGCUUCCAAAUUUCUGGGUCACCCUGUUCCACCUUCACAUCUAUCUUCCUCAUGGCGACCCUUUCUUCUGGCUAGACCCUUUUCCCCUUCUCUUGUCUCUUGCUCCUCCAACAACUUCCCACGUUGGGAUUCCAACGCGGAAUCCUUUCGACCCCGAAAUUUCACCUCCAACGGCCCCAGAGGCAAGGAACGGGAAGAACAAGAACAAGGAUAUGGGAGGAAGAGACGCUGGUGGUCUGAUGAGGAAAGAGAAUUCCUGGAAGAUGAAGAAGAAAUUUCUAGUGGAAUUAUGGAAGAAGCCAUUGAUGGUGUCUGGUUUCUGCAGAUUUUCAAAUCCUAUGGUUGGACUCUACCGGUCAUCCUUGCAUCAUGGUUGCUAUCUAGUGGCCCUAAAGCUUUCCUCAUGGCAUUAGCUCUUCCUCUUGGUCAGUCAGCACUUGCACUAGCAUUUGAUAAAUUAUGGAGACAGUCAGAGAGCAAACCAAAACGCAAGAACAGGACGAGGAGGAAACCUCGCCGUGCUAAAGGCACAAUCCUUGAGGAAGAACCUGCAGAAAACCAGAGAACCAAAACUGGGUACCAAUCAUGGGUAGUUGAAGAUAAUGGUUCAGUUGAUAAGGGCAACCAAGAAGCAGCACAGAGCUUUGGUGGAUGGGAUCACUUGGAGAGGUCAAGACCCGUGAAAAAGUCUUCCUUUGCCAUGGAUGGAUCACCAACGAUUCCUACAGAUGGUGGUAGGUUGAGUAGGAGAGAAAGAAAAAGUGACACACCUCUGCUGUUUCGAUUGCUUAUUGCAAUUUUUCCAUUUUUGGGCAUAUGGACAAAGAUGCUGUAAUAGUCUCUCCUCUGCCACCAUAACUUGAUCUUGGAUGAGUUGGAUGUGAUCUUAUACAUCUUCCUCGGAUGAAGAGAAAAACCAAUACGUUGUUUUAUGAUGGUUGUUUGUCAAAUUAUAUGUAGUCUGUUAGAUGAUGAAUUAUGUCGAUUAUUAUUACUUCUGAAAACAUGUGUUCUGAUAACAAAAGUUAAUAAAAUAAUUAUUACAAAAUAUU